AAUCAGUCAACUUUCACUCUACCAAUUCAACCACUAUCUUCUCUAUACCGUUCAGUAAAACUGCUUACGAGUAUCAUCUUUGCAUGGUCUUUGUACCAUUAGCAAUAAUUGUAAUGGCAUAAUCAGUAUUGGACUCACCACCAUGGAUCGUCGAGAGUUCGCCCAUCUCUUAUCCCAGACACAGUCGAUGAUGGCUCCCACCCGAGCCUCGACCUCUGCGCACUUCACGGCUGAAUCAUGCCUCACUCGCCCAGCUUCGGCCUCGUCUCCUCCUCUAUCACCCCGACAGAGGUUCCAAGCGCAUGUACGCACGUUGAAUGAUCAGGACUCAUCACCUUCUCGAAGCGCGUCCACCACCCCCCGGAGAUCACCAGAGUUACAACAUGUUUCCAGUUUACGUGUCUCAUAUCGCGAAAGUCCCUCUCCCAAAAGUCCUUCCCGGUCGGGUCCAACCUUGAAAAGCAGCGAGAUGACACUGGAGACGUUCAACAACACCCAAAAUGAGCCAUACUUCAUCACGGAAGAGCGGGAAGCCUGGAGUAGGCCCUCCCCGUCCAGGACGACUAUGCCCUUCACCGACGAUGUCUUCUUCCUCCAGCCGCCAGACUCCCAUAGCCCGAUUCUGCAGCCGAGCAAGCAACUACGAGAACUGCGUCCUUUUGCUCCUUUGGCCCAUCCAGUGGACGUGAACGAAAGACCAAAGACGAGUCGAGGGCCAACACAUGGCCAGUCGAACUUGACGAUCGAAGACGCCAACUCAACCUCCAGGGAGGAAGAUGAUCUACCUGCGCGAGGAUCGAAGUUUGCAGAGGGAAGUAUGAAUGCUCGGUCUGCUGGAGUAUCUUCUUCAUGGCAGGAGCAUAGUUCAAUCAAUAGCUGCUCCGAAACCGAAUCAGACGAUGAUCCUACCCCACGCGCGUCACCACAACGCUCUUCUAUCGAAUUGAACGAGUUCAAACCGGAAGCUGUAAUUGCUCCCACGCUCAAACAGCGCCUUUUCAAGUUUGGCGUCAAGGCCAAAUCAAAAGAGAAUGCAACAAGGGAGGAAGGAGAACCAGCUGCAAAGAAAAAGAAUGGCCUCAGGAAAAGCAUGUCUCUAUGGAACCUCCAUAGUGACAAGAAAAAGACUGCAGACGGGUUGCAAAGUCCGGAAAAGAAGUCCGCAGUAUCAAGUCACAACAGCGAUCUUGAGCUGCUCAAUGACAGAAAGCGACGCGCAGAGGAAGCUUACGCCCAACAAUUUGGCAUGAAGCGGAGAAAAUCCAACGUGGGCUUAGCUACAGCAACAACAGGCGACCAGGUUUCGGAAGACAUGGUGCCCACGGCUCGCAGCCGAUCCCAGAGCAGGCCACUACCAAACGAUAGUCGACGAUUGGGUCAAUCUCCUUCGAAGGUAGUUGGCGCUGACUCGGAAUGGUCUGACACCCACAAUGACCUCGAUCAUCAGAAGCGACCAAGUCGCCGGGAAUUGGAGAAGGAGAACCAACAGCUGCGAGCUUUAUUGAGACAGAAGCAGCAAGAGAAGACUCCUCAACCAGCAUCUUCUUCCAAGCAGCAAACUCCGACCGUUGGGAUUGUCCACGAAGAUGACCUUUCCACAACCAAGUCCUCCGCUAAGAAGCAGAGCCAGAAACAGUCUGGAGCAGCAGUUCCGUCUAUUCCAUCCUUGCCGGAGCGCGCGGCGUUGAAGACAUUGAGCAAUGCCACUAAUCAACCGCACGUUAAGAACAAGGGAACCGGCAAUCUGGUGGUAAUUUCAACAUCCGACAUUAAUGAUCAGCCGAAGCACCAUCCGAAAAAGCAGCGUAGACGUUCGUCUGUUGUCAGAGGUGAGGGCUUUUCGCAUCCAUUCUCUGCCAUUCUCGAAGAAGACGAAGAAACGGGGACAGUACAAGCCCGGAAGGAAAACCAGUGCCCGACGAACGAUACUCUCAGCCGGAAGCCACUAUCAGAGGUGAAUUCGGCGAAUGAAAUUGUGGACAUUGGGGGAAUGAAGGUCAAGGAUCACGUUGCGAUGACGCAGAUGAAGAGCGUCCAGAGGGAGAACUGGGAAUGGCCUGACGAUAUUUUCUGAAAGACCUGCGAAGAAGCCUCGUGGAGCCAGGGUCCGGUUCUAAAGGCAAGUGGAUGAAAGGGGAACAUGGCAGACAGUUCUGGUUGAUGAGACAUGACCGUUGAUUGUUUGAGGUUGGCGCGUGGUGAAUCGGAAUUGGAGCGUGAAGCAAUACGAGAAUGACAUGAUGAAUCAACGCGGACGAGGCCCAAGGACGACAUGCCGGCGUUGGAAAGCAGCAUGACUUUAGGUGAUGGAUGUCUACGGGGUUUGUGGGUUUGCUUCUAUUCUUUUCUGCAUGGCCGAGCGAGUUGUGUUCUGACGCCACCGCGACGUGUCUGGUUUCGAUUUGAUCGCACGAAGGACAGCAACAACACUGGGGGUUUGGAUUGAUGCACCUUCCACCAUGAAUUCCGCGUGUGAAAGCUCAUUGUCGCUGACGCUGUUUCUCUUUUGUGGCCGCCUCGUCGUUUCUAUUCUUGCUCCACGUUGACGUACAUACAUACAGUAGUGCAUGGCAUGGUAUCGGACAGCAUGGCACAGCAGCAUACAUACCCGGGGUAGUCCCUUAGCUUCGCAUAGCAUCGCAUAGCAUAGCAUAGCAUAGCGCAGGUCCAAUGGCCAGGCUGCAGGAAUUGCACGG